UGAUUUUGGGGACUCCUAUGUACAUCAUUUCAAAGAUACAAAAUAGAAAAUAAAAAAUGCAGGGGUGCGCCAUAAGAUUCCAACUCACUGCUAACACUUUCCAUCAGCUUUCCGAUCCAUUUAGCUCAGUAGGAAGAGCGUUGGUCUACGGAUACUCAAAAUAAUUCGAAUGUAAAGUUAUUACUCUUGAAAAAGUGACCUGUGAUUUUUGUCGCAGAAAAUUUUAGUACGAAAUUUACGCAAUAAUGAUAUUUUUCAAUUUUCAUGCUUUUGAGAUUUAACAAUAUUGCUGUUAUAUUUAGUUAAUUAUUUGAAAUCAUUUAAUAAAAACUCGUUUCAGCUGACGAAAAUAAUGAAAUUUGGAUUAAAUAUAAACUGACGAAAUCCGUGCGCACGUUAUCUCGUUUCUUGGAAGAAGACGUGUUUCUGCAAUAACUUUUUAGAGGUGUCGUUGAUGAAUCUACCAAGAAGAUGAUUGAACAGACAUACAAUUGUGAGGAGCAGAUGCAUCUCCUUGUGAUAUAUAUCAUAGAACAACCAAAAGACAAGGUCCUCAAGUUCUGUGUAUGCUUACGAAAAAUGAACACUUUGCUUGCAGACUUUGUGCAGUUUAGAUCGCAAAGUGACUCAGAUAUCGAUAAAGCUGUAAAAGAAGAAGAAAACACCAAGAUAAAAAGUAUUGUAGGCUCUUACUUUGCCUCUGAUACUUCAAAGAGCGUUUGUUGCGAAGAUGUCCACAUUCUUAUAGACGAAAAACGAAAGUGUUUCACCAGAUUCGAAUCCAUCAAGGCGUGCGUUAUGGAGAUGUUUCCAGAUGUUAGCUUUAAAGAAAAUGAUAGCCAAUUCCAUGGACUUACAUGGUCAGACGAAAGUAACUGUACAAAAAGGGAAAAUGAACCUGAAGAUGUCGAUGAAAAUUUGUCAGAUAUGCCGAGCGACAAAUUUAGCCAAUAUAUGAACAUACAAAUGGAAAAAUGUCGAACUGGAAUCGGCAGCCUAUUUGAGACUACUACAUUAGAAGAAUGUAUAUCUUCAGAUGUUUUUGCUAAUCUCACACCUGAGCAAUUGGAGGAGAUUUUCAGCCCUAAGAUGAAAGAAGCAAAUAUUAAGUUUGGAUAUGGUAUACGGACAGCCUUAUCAGAAAUACAGAAAAACAUAAAGCGACAUAUGAUUAGAAGCUCCUUAGAGAAAAACAACAUUCUUCGAAAGUUUGAUACACCGCCAGAAACCACAGUAUAUACGCGAUGUACUGUAAGGCCUCCAUCCGGGAACUUGCUGGCUCCAGUGCAUGAGUUCGUUUUACCUCGAUCUAAAGGUCGAAUGACGUGUACUUUUAUGGGCAAGGAAGUUGUCAGAUUUGCAACAGCGUGUAUAAAUGGAAAGAAGAACGAUACAAUACAUUUUGGUAUCAAGUACGUAGGAAAUGGCAAUGGUGAAAUUGUAGGUUUAUCUAAUGAUGCUUUGAUCCUUGGACAGAAUCUAAAUCUUGAAAUUCGACACUGCAUUAGGUAUUGUUUUGAACAGGCAACUGUUUCUGUCGCAGAACGCUGUAUUCUACCAGUUCAAAUAGUUCCAGUUGAAGAUAACAGGUUAGUUUUAGAGGUAGACGUCGUUUCAUUUUCGAGUCACGUGCAGAAGGAAAUUAUAGGAAUAAUGUUCCCCCCAAAAGGAAAUCAGCGAAAGAAAUAUUUCGUUUAUAGAGAAAACAUGAUAGCCACAAUUGAACAAUCACGUUUAGGUACUUUACAGACAGAUAUUGAAAAAUUGUUCCUAGAAAGAGUCCACCAAUUAUAUUCUGCGGCGAUAUAUCUGGAUGCACACAGGACAAUGACGUACGAAAACAUGUAUCAAACAUGGCUGUUGCCUUUACCUCUUCAGCUGCGGUGUUCGACUUUGGGUCUUCUGUAGAAUUGAGAAACAAUAUAGAAAAGGAGAAAUACAUAUUUCAGGUAAAAGUAGCAGAGGAUUCCUCUACAAAGAGAUUUCGACGGGAAAGCGACACUUUUGGGGAUAAAACACUAUGGGUUUACUCAAACGGUAAUGACGAGCUGGGAAAAGAUAAAAUGAACACUGGAUUAUGGUACCGGAAGAGGCUUAAUGGGGUAAGGGACACACUAUUAGGUCUUCGGACCACAGAUUCCAACUGACAGAGGUUUAGUCAUAUUUCUUGUUUUCCAAAAAUUUAUUGAACGUGAUCCUAUGCUUGAAAUUGCCAGAGAGGGCUUUCUAACCACGUUUAGAGGUGAGUGUAUCAUAAUUGCAGAGAGUGAUGACGUAUUGCAAGACUGGAGGAACGAAUUAGGACAUUUAGUAACUCAGAAAGAGUUAGACAGCAAAAUUGUUACAGGGUUAAAAUGGGAAGAUAUUGUUCCUAUAACAGGAAGUGUUUUCCGUAUGGUAAAAGAAGUUACAUACAAACUUCCAGACAGUAAAGGCAGUAUUGUAGAGGUAACUAACGAUGAAAUGGAACGGCUAGAGUUACAUGAUAUUGAUAUAGUAGAUGGAUGUGCAGAAGAGAACUGUCGCAUACAGGAAGAACAUAUGACUGAAAAAGAAUGGAGAGAGCACCGAUCUGAAGAGGAAAAGCAGUUUUACAAAGGCAAUGCAGUAACAUGGUGGGACUUUUAUUACUCGAAUCAUGUUGGGAAAAGGGAUGCCUCUGAUAUCCACAAAGAUGAAAUAAAACAAAAAAACUGUCAAAAGACAGAGAAAAUAAAUAUGAAAUACAUACUAUUGAACAUCAUCCUGGAGCAGGGGGAAGCACCCUUGGAAAGUAUCUAAUUUGGUGUUUUAGCCAAAUAAAACAAAAUCACCCCGAAGAUGCCUUUAGGUGUUGCAUUGUCAAUAAAAUUACUGAAGCAACGACAGAAGAAAUCUACCGUUUCCAGUCUUUCAAAGAAUCAGGCAUAGCAUCGAAACCGGUGAUUGUACUGAUAGAUAAUGAGACAGAAGAUCAUUUAAAUAUUUUGAAACCGAAACUGGAUGAAAUAUCAUACAAAAGAGGAUCGCCUGGAAACCUGUUUUGCCUUUUACUCAUUGUAACAAGAGUUUCUGUUUCCUAAGUUUCAAGAGAUAUUGCGCUGAAACAUAACUUAACAAAGAAUGAAAAAGCAUGGUUUGAGAGGAAAUUCAAUGAGCUUGAAACAAGUAAUAAUGUAAACGUUAAAACACUAAUUGCGUUCAAUGUGAUGAGGCACUCUUUCAAUACCGACUACAUCGCUGAAACAACAAAAGAACUAAUGAAGGAGGUAACGCCAAAUGAAUUGAAUUUACUCAAAUGCCUUUCCCUUAUCUGUUCCUUUGAAAGUGACCAUCAUGUCCCGGAAACUGUCUUUGACUCACUGAUGGUUGGUAGCACGUUUAAUCCAAAGCAAGUGAAGCUUGAAGCCUGCUUAGGCAAACCGUUUGGACUUCUUGUCUGGUCAUCAAAACAAAGAGCUCUAAAGCAGUCAAUUGACAGAGAAACAUGGAAUGUUAGUAUAACAGAAGCGUUGCAAUUACUUGUUACCCAUCGAAGAGUUGACGAUGCAACUUGCUAUAAUGCAGUUUGUAUAUUAUCACAGCCUUUAGCAGAAGCGGUGCUUAAUUACAUAAUGAAUUUGGAGAAGUGUAGUUUCGAAGAUAUUGUACUAAACUUACUGGACUUGCUCCGCCAACACAUGAAAGAAACAAACCAGAUGUCUAAACGAUUUGUGAAAUUGGUCUGUAGUUUGUUUAAGACGAGACAAAUUCAGGAAGACAAUAAAGGUGAAGCAAAAUUAUUGAAGUUUUCGGAUUUAGUUCUGAAACUUGAAGGACAACUACCUGGUGAGAGUAUUAAAGAAGCACAACAACGGGUGGUAAAAGUGAUGAGUACAUGCUUCGAAAUUGCGAACGAUGCGAAUACUGGACAGCAGCUUGCAAGAUUUAAUAACCACAUAGGAGACUACGAUGCUGCAGAAGACGCAAUUUUUCGAUCUCUCAAAGUAUUUCCCAAGAACUCUUACUUCCUGGAUACAUAUGGACAGAUAUUUAAAUCAAAAAUGGAAAAUGUAAUUCAAAGAAACACAAGCCAGAAACUAGGUGAUGAGGACGGAGCUGAAUUUGUUAAGUUUGCUGUAUAUUCUGUCAGAAAAUUCAUUGAGGCCCAGGAUGCAGCUGAAUCAAACGACGAUUAUACCCACACAAACUGUUACAAUAUGGAAGUUGUCACAGCAUUGCAGAUGCUUGAGCAGUUUCAUCUGUUUGAAUGCUACACUGAUAAGGACAACUUUUGGCAGUUUUUGAAUGAUCCUGAGUUCAAUAUUGAGAACUCUAGUUUCAACAAUUUGCUGCAACAGUCUGACUUUUUACUAUACUUUCGAAAUGGUCAGGCCUUACAGCAGCACGUUCAAAGUUCACUGACCUCCCUUGAAGAAAUGGCAUACAUGACAAGAAACCAUUUAUCAUCUGUAGUAACUCCGUCCAAAGAUACGCUACUGUUGAAACCAAGAGAACGUUUCUUACGGUUUUAUGGUAGUAAAGAGCACACCCUAAAUUUCGAAUUUAUGUAUGGUGUCGGGCUAAAGUUGUUAAUGAAAGCUUACGAAAGUAGAAAACAUGGCAACAUACUUGUGAAACGAGCAAAAGAAGCUGAUCGUCGAUUGCAACAGCAGGAUCCAAGAGAAACUGAAAGAGAUUUGCUAGUCGUCGUGGGAUACAAUGUCAUAACAUUGUCGAAUCGUACUGUCCGAAGUGAUCCAAAAUUGUAUCAUAAGUUGUUAAAGUACUGCACGCAGCUAAUGGAGCUGCAGAGAAAAAAAGCAAAAGGAGAAAGGCAGAUGUUGGAAGCAUAUCUGUAUUACGCUCUUUUACACUGGUCUCUCCCAAAAAGGAGCGCGAUGGAAAAUCUGUCUCACCCUGAGACACACAAAUGCUUAUUAGAAGAGUGGGAACAUUAUUACUUUGAAAACCACAAAAUUAAACGAAGGGAACAGUUAUGCCUGAGGAAACCAAAGUUGUUUUUCGCUUUAGCGGACGAUAUGCCAGGAAAUGAUAUAGUUGAUUUAGAGAUGCUUUGACACAGAUGGAGAGCAGCUAAGUCGAAGGAAGGACGAAGUAGGAAAGAAGUGAAGGCAGAUGACCAUUGGCGCCAUCCGAUAUUCGAAAAUUGUCUGACAAGACUGUCGGGAACUGUUGAUCCAAACGGUCGAACUGUUACGACCAAGGUAUUUUACUAGUAUUUGCAAAAUUGUACAUUUACAAUACACUUAAUAGUUAAUGAAAUACUGAUCAAAUUGUUAACUAUAUUUGUUUCCUGUAUAU